UUGCACCCCCAACUUCACAUCGCAAAGAAAUCCACUAAACCGGUGUAUCCGCCAUGAAUUGGCUCACACAGAGAAACUACCUCCACGACCCCAGGCACUACCAAACACCGACCAUGCGAAUCUCAGGUGCCACCGUGUCCCCCCCGGCAUAAUUCAUGCCGACUGUGAUGCAGAAAUUGACACCUGCUAA